AUGCUCUUCAGUCAUGGAGCUACUCUCCUAAGCAUGAGGGGGAUCACGCUUUCCUCCCUCUGCUUACUGAUGCACCUGCUUCAGGAUGAGAUAACCACAAUUUUAGUUUUGGAAAAUCAAGACCUGAAAGAUUCGAUUAAGCCGCAGAACGUAGAGUUUCGUUCGUUAAACUUCAACAGCACUUUGCAUUGGCAGCCUGGGAGGGCCAGAGAGGCAAGAGACACGGUCUACUUUGUGCAGUAUAAAGUGUAUGGGCAGAGCACGUGGCAAAACAAAGACGAAUGCUGGGGGAUUCAAAACCAUGUCUGUGACCUAACGAAAGAGACCUCUGACAUCCAAGAGCCUUACUAUGGCAGAGUGAAAGCCGCGUCGGCUGGCAUCUAUUCCGACUGGAGCCUCAGCUGCAGAUUCACUCCCUGGCAAGAAACUAUGAUAGGACCUCCGAUGGUAACUGUGGUUCAUAGCAACAAAUCCAUAAUACUAAAGCUCCAGGCUCCACGUUCUCCUUAUAAAAGGAAGAGAGGCAGCAUGGUACCGAUGACAAAUUAUUAUGAUCUGCUAUAUCAAGUCUUCAUAAUUAACAACUUGCUAGAUGAGCAACACAGAGCCCUGGUGUACGAAGGAAAAGACAAGGUUAUUAAAAUAGAAGAUUUGAGGCCCGGAGUCAGUUACUGCAUUGUGGCUAAAACGUACGUGCCAAUGCUGGACCGCAGCAGUGCCUACAGCAGCAGGCAAUGCACCAUGCUGCAGUGA